GGUAUAAAAGCAGCUGCCUGCUGAGGUUCCUCAGAGAGCUCAGGGAAGAGCCUGCCACGGUGAGCUGUGGGACUCAGAAGGACUCAGUGCAUCGUCCUCCUCCCGGCCACCCCACGCUGGACCCCCUGCCGGACCCUCCACCCUUCGGUCCCCCAAGCUUCCCAGGGGCUUCCUGUAGACUGCACUGUCCCUGCUCAUCCUUUCUCCUGCCACCCUCAAACCUCCUCUGCUCCAGGUUGCUGCCUCCUCUCACUAGAGUGAUGAGGUCCCGGCUGCUGCUCUCCGUGGCCCAUCUGCCCACAAUUCAGGAGACCACAGAGGAGAUGCUGCUUGGGGGGCCUGGGCAGGAGCCUCCAACCUCCCCUAGCCUGGAUGACUACGUGAGGUCCAUAUCUCGACUGGCACAGCCCACUUCUGUGCUGGACAAGGCCACAGCCCAAGGCCACCCCAGGCCACCUCACAGGCCAGUCCAGGCCUGCCGGAAGGGCCACCCUGCGGUGUCCCUGCGGGACAUCACUGCACGUUUCAGUGGCCAGCAGCCCACACUGCCCACGGCCGAUGCUGUGGACCCCCUGGACUGGCUUUUUGGGGAGUUCCAGGAAAAGCAGCCAAGCCGGAGGGACCUGCCACGGACUGGCCCCUCUGCUGGCCUCUGCGGUCCGCACAGACAUAUGGACAGUGGCAAGGCCAAAGGGGCCCCCAGAGGGAGGCUCUGUGAAGCCAGGAUGCCUGGGCACUCCCUGGCAAGACCACCACAGGAUGGGCAGCACAGCUCUGACCUGAGAAGCCGGACUUCUGGGCAGCCUGGCCAGGCCACAGCCUCCCCCCGCAGCCCCCGCCCGGGCAGUGUCCUCAGAACUCUCUACCUGCACCUCCCGGUUAUCCAUGAACUCUGACCCCUCCCCAAUAAAGACUUCUGUAAAGAGCACGCCACCGGGUCUGCGUCUCCUCCAUGGUGGUCACUGUCCCUGGGAGGUGUCUGGAAGGGAAAUGCUUUUCUGCAGGAGGCCCUGCGUGGGCAGUUCACAUUGAGACCGACCCCCUCUGAAAAUGUUAACUGCCUGUCUCACGCGAGGAGAUAUUAUCAAUCCCAUUUGCUCUGAUCCUUGCUGGCUGACCACCUUGAGCAAAUGACUUAACAUCUGUGUUCCUCAGUUUCUCAUGGGUAAUACGCAGAUAAUUACUGGCACCUGCCUCCCAGGCCAUUCUGAUGAGUGAACACAUGACAGGAGCCCAUUCGCCGAGUAGCUAGUGGGGAAACUGGUGGUAGGGGUGUAAGGGUAGUGGGUGCCAGCCCCCUAGGUGUUUCAGAGCAGGGCCUUGGGCACUCCCAAGUCCACCUUUUGGCCCCCACUCAAAGUCCAUGUUCCGUGAGGCCCAAGAGAACACAUGGAGUCUUAGCAAAUGCACCGCUGUGUUUUGGGGGACUGUCACCUGGCAUCACUGGGACACUGCUGGCUACAACUCCUACAUCCUAUGGUGGCACUGGGAGAGUUCCCCAUGAUGAUGGCCGAGACAGAAUCUGUACCACUGAUCCCACCAUCCCCACCUCACACCACCUCCACUCAGGAGCCUCAUAGCUUGGUCAGGAUCCCAACUGUGGGUGGGAAUCAGGGCACCUUCCAGCUGCCCUCCACCGGAUAAGUGCUGAUGUCCUAAGGCCCAGGCCGAGGCAUCUGGAGUCUGGAGGACCCCAGUUCUUGGAGGCAUCUGGCAGCAAGCAGGUGAAGGCAGGGGAUGGGAGGAGGGAAAUUUCCUUCCUUAUUGAGGCAGGUGAAGCGUCAGGGAACAGGAAUCAGGCUGGCUGUGGUCAGAAGUGAAGGGACAGAGAAAGGAGAGGAGAAAGGUUGAAUUGGGGGCCACAGCCAAGCUCAGCUCACCCGGGCGUGUCUCUGCCACCUUGCUUUGUGAGCUGUCAGUCUAUGUCUUUCUCUUUUUUGUGGCUAUUUUUAAUUGCUUUGGACUUGUUAAAUGUUUAUCUGUCUCCUGUUAUGUGUGUUUUCUGGGGAGACAGAAUGUUAACCAUAUUAAAAGGAAAAAGUUUCAGACAA